AUGGUGACAGCGCACGCUUGGACCAUCUACAUCCUUCGGCAACGUCAAGCUACAUCAUUCCGCCAGGUUAUUAAGGGUCGUGUCCUCCAAACGCUCCUCAUCGUUGUCAUCGCUUUCAUCAUCUGCCACACACCUUUUUGGGUUGACUUUCUCGUCUUCAACUUUGGCGAUUUCCAGUUCACCCAUUUCUACGAUCUUCUCUCCCCAUGUUUUCUCAUCCUUUGCUUCGCGAAUUCCUGCGUGAACCCUUUCAUCUACGGCGCCAGGAUGCCUAAAUUUAGGAAAGCUCUCAAGGAUCUGUUUAUGAGAAACAGCAUCCGGGGAAGUCGUGGAAUCCAUUCACUCUUUGCUGGUGACGGAGAAGGAGGUACGUCCGAUAAGAGGGAUACACGAACCAACGCAACGGAAACAUUCGAGGCGUAA